AUGGGGUUGUACAAAGCCCCACUAGAUGGAUUUUAUGCUAUAUUUUACCAGUCUAAUUGGGAGACGAUUUGGCCUUCCGUUUUUGAGUCUGUCAGGAAGAUCUUAGAUGAAAGCGAAGAUGUUGCAUUGGUAAAUGAGACACCGCUUGUUCUAAUUCCCAAGCUCGAGAAUCUAGAGUCUAUUCACCAUUUUCUCCUUAUAAGCCUAUGUAAUGUCUCGUACAAACUGGUGACGAAGGUAAUAGCAAACCGGCUACAAGGGUACAUGGCUGAACUUGUUUCGCCGAACCAGGCAUCUGGAGAGAAAAUUAUUGCAGCCAAGACCUCCAUUUUUUUCUCUAGGAAUGAUGUAAUGGAAGACCCAGAGGCCAUCUAUCGAGUUAGUUCCUUUACUGCCACAAAUACACCGGGAAGCUACUUUGGGGUUCAGCUUGUACAUGAGAGGGUGUCCAAAGAGCACUUUAGCUAG